AUGCUUGCCCGUGCGAAUAGCGAUGCAGGUACUCGACUCCGCCGGUCUAAGUCUGCCUCGACUGUCCACAAACGUCCCACUUCCAUCGCCGAACCGCUGGAUCUGGAUACGAUUAAACAACAGGCUCUAGCUGCAGCCACUGCAGCCUUUGCUCGUGCGCAGGCUCAAGAUGCGGCAGACCGUAACGCAAAACGCAGUGCCGAGCUGGCGAGAUCGAAGAGCAACGCCAGCCGCAAGUCUCUCACCUCCCAGGGCAGCCACUUCCCACCUCGCGACUCGAGCUUGCGGUCUUUGCAGCGUCCGACUGCCGAGCAGACGAGAAGUGCACAACGCCUCUCACAAGCUUCAGCAGAAUCUACGGAACAGAACACAGAGCAAUUCCCGCCCUUCUAUCCUACUCCCAGCGUCCAUGGGUCGCUUUCCAUACCGCGGUAUCUAUCGACGCAGCCUUCGAUCACGUUCAGCGAAAAUGCAAGACCUAGUUCCCAGCCAAAGUCAUUCCGACAGAGUGCUUCGUCGUCAAUUACCUCGCAGCAGAUACGUAAAGCGCGUUCCAUGUACUACGCAAGCAGUGUUCAGACGGGAUCACCGAUUGCUCGGCCGCCGUCCAAGUAUCUUACAACGCCACCUGUAGCAAGCAUUAGCCCGGUAUCAGAACCCUCGCCCAUACCUCUACCCUCUCGAACAAUUCGGCCGUCACCUCUGGCAGGCCUGCGUAUGCCGGUCACAGUCGGACCUGACACUACGCUUGACAAAGUACGAGAUGAGUAUCUACAAGACUUUCAGCAGAAGGCGGUGAAGCACAAACCGUCGAUGUUUCUAGCGCCUUUCAAGAAACGACAAGACAAAGGAAAGGACAAGGGCAAGCGUGUCGCGUCGGAAGCGCAAUCUUUCUCUACGGAUUAUCAGCAGACACCUGACGAGUCGACAGCGGAUCUUGCCUUGAGCGACUUCGUGCCACCCCAGGAAAUCAAGGAAAAGAGAUCAUUCUCCGGGUCUCUCAAAAGCAAAAUUAAGAAGGUCUUCCGGCGCACGUCGGGCAAGUCCACCAAUCUUCCUGUCCAGCAGAUCGAUGCCAGCCGCGACUACUUCCAUACUGCGCACUACAGUCCACCCACUGCGAAAGAAGGACUGAGUAUUCCUCCGCCUUGCGAAGAAACAUUGAAACGCAUUCGUGCUCGGACACCGUCACUUGAAGGCGCUUACCCCGCAUUCCUACGAUCUGGAUCCAGAAGUAACAGCACUGGAAGUGCACGGAGUAAUCGGAGUCUUCAUAGCGAAGCUAAUGCUGCGAACGUAUCAGCUUCUCGAGUUACAAGUUGGGGAACUACUACCACCAGCGACACGCUGACACAACGUGCCAUGAAGCGAAUGACCGUUAUCCAUGAGUCUAAAGAUAGCAUUGGGAGCGAGGCAGACCGUGCGGCAUCUACAAGUGCUUCGAGAAGGAAGUCUCUGCCUCUCCCACCUCUCGCCGCUUUCCGCGACCCCAUGCCCAUGGAGAUCCUCACCGAAGAGUCACUUACGCCUGUCGAUCCCAAACGCGUCUUUUCUGCAUUGAUGAAAGAGAUAGGAUCGUCAAAAUCACAAAAGUCUUCAAGCCCGGCCAAACGAACACCAGGCGCAGAAAGCGAUGUUUUUGAGUCCAGUACUACCAAGCUGUUCUCUCAUACACGAGAGUUGCAUUCCAGUGGAAGUCGAAACCUUCGUAGCAGUAUCGAUCUAGAACAGCGACCACCAUCACGACGACCGGCCACAUCCCAAAGCACUCAGAGCAAGACCAGCACGAUCAGAUCUUUUGGACGGGCGAUCAGAUCCACCAUCCGCACAGUCACACCCAUCGGACAACACUCAUCUCCUGAUCCAGGCCUUACCGGUCGAGUGGAUGGCACGAAAGGAGUAAAUCGAAGAGAGGAAACGAUGCCUUCGUCGGGCAGCACGCCCGAGUCUGAUGAUACACAGACCGAUAGUGAUGGAGCUGAGCGCAAUUGUGCCGUUCAGAUGUUUACUCCAACGACAUCGCAAAUUGAGAAGCGCGUAGAGAGAGCCAAAGACCGUUGGAAGUCUCCCCUGGACGAGGCAGAGCAUGUCCAGUUUCCGCGUGAAACUGGCAGAACUUACGAUGUCGCAACGUUCGUUCAAAGGACUGAUGACUCCACGAAGGCAGCUGUUCAAGAUGACAAGGAAGUUGCACUGGGCGCUCGUGGCAUGGCUGGUCAAUUCCCACGGAGGCUGCCCGUUUCACCCAGAGUAUCCGUGUCACCAGCUUCUCACACUGUCAUGACGCCAAUGUCUCCCAGCAUCUAUUCACGAAACACAGAUGGCGUCAGCAUCCUUCCUAAUGACAGUGUCAUGUCUUUCGGAGGGCCUGGUGAGGUUGAGCAAUCUCAGGACGGCGGCUCAGCAGUCGUUUCAACUAAACACGAGGACACGACGGUGGUUCUAAGGGGAUCGCUCGAUAUUCCCACGCCGCGACCGCAUGCCGGUGAUAAAGAUGAGACUACUGAAUCGACUGUCACCCGCGCAGGAGAUCUCAAGCGUCGCGAUGACGAUGGCGCACGUGUUGCGACGUCAGACGCGGAGAAGUCUUCGUCGCACAUCGACACUCGCGACAGCAAUCAUACCCCACUUCGACAGAUUGUUGAUACUGAAAAGCUCAUCAUACACUCUCAGCCCGAAUCGAGGUCUCUUUCAAACAGGCAGCACCUACUGUCAAAACCCGAAGGCCACGCAUCUAGAUCGCGCCCGGCUUUUGAAACGCCAGAAUUGCCUUCAAGAAAUGACCGGUUCUCUUUCCUUGAUACUGGUCGGCGCUCCAGUAGCAACGUCCUGAAAUCAGCCACCGAGACAAAUGCGCCGGGCAGAUCCCAAUCCUCGCCCAAGUCCACGCCUGAUCCCAAAGCUACCACCAAUACAUCUGCCCCAGCCACGAACGAAACUACACAGCGCGUACCAAUCACUACCCUAAAGAGGAGCCCCGCGCGCAAGGAGAAUGUCACUCCCCCAUCCCUCCGCAGUCACAAAACCUCCGCUAUCUCCCCGCUAGGUCUAUCGACGCGACCAAAUUCUCAGCAACUACUGUGUACGCCCCGCCGUAACUCACCCAGCACCAACGUUCACACCCUUGAAACACCAUCGGCAAAGAAGAAUGCCAGCUCAGCAGAGAUAGUAACGCCCCUCCGUCCCCGUAUCCGCGCAACAUUACGGCCCAUGUCACCCGAAAAACUCGCUCGUAGACCGCGAAGCGCCUUCGACCUCCGCGGCACCAACAACACAGGUCGUCCCGCCGUCAUAGACAUGGACAACUACUCUCCACUCCCUGGCUCAGAGCUCCGCCGUCCAGCACUAACACUGAAAACUUCGACCAGCUCGUUGGCCAUGACCAAGGAACCGCAUCCCGAGACGAGGGUUUCUGUUGGGCGAGGAAUCGAGAGUGUGCUUGGUGGUGAAAGCCCUGGGAACGGAGGCAGGGAUGGCAAUGUAACACCAGGUCAGCGAAUGGCAGACAAGUUCUUAAGGCAGAGGAAGAGCGAGAACGCAUUGUCGCCGGGUGGAAGUGCGGGAAAGCAGAGUCUGAGGGGCGGCCUGGUGUUGGUUAGGGAGGAUACGCCUGCGUUUUUGUGA